GAACAGAUUCACAGAGACGAGCUUCGGAGAUCUUUCCAGAUAAGCGCUUUAUAUAUAUCUAAAACAGCGUCAAACCACAUGUACGACUCCUAAUCAGGUGAUCUUAAUGAAAUUCGCAAAGGAAAUGCGAAAAUACUGUAGGUCACCAACAACAAGAACAAAGCGCAAGAUUGGAAGAUAAGUUCGAGGUACAACCUUUUCUUCUGUGAGAAGGCGACCAUUACUGUCUUGGAUGACAGACGUUUUUUGCUGUAUUGGUGAGACAUGCAGAGAUUUCACGUUCUAGUGUAGGUUCCUCUCAGUGCAAGACAUGUCUGCAAGAAACAGUAUAUCGAGAAAAGAAGAAAUGGAUAAUUAUUGUCCUAGUGAUGAUUGUUUUUCAUUCGGUGCAUCCCAGAGAAGGGCAGAUAACAGAGAAAGCUGUGACUCGCCUAGUGACUGGACUUAUAAGCAUAUUGUGCAGCAAAGUGCAGCAGUACAUUUCCCUGCUGGUGUGUCGACGUACCAGAUGGCUUCACUGUUCUGCGUUGUUCUCUUGUUCUCUCCUUGCUCUUGCUUCUGAGCGUUCAGGUGCUGUCGAGAUAACGGUGGCUUCACCCCACUGUGACCCCCGGGUCGACCGACGCUUCGAAGGGUGCCCUGAAGGGUACUGCUGCGUGAGGGACGAGUAUGUCCCCUCCUUCGUUUACUGCAAGCGCCUGGGCCACGUAGACGACAACUGCACCACCCGUGACUCUGAGUCUGGGUGUCCGUGUUUGGCCGGUCUGACCUGUCACCCCAACGCGCAGAGCGCCACCUUUGUGUCGAUGUACGGUCGCUGCCACAAUACAACGGACGUCGUCCAUUCAGUCUAAGGAAACCUUCCAGUCGAGCUUAUACCAACAUUCCUUCUAUGUGGUACCAAGACUGAAAUUCACUCCAUACAGGUCCUCUGUAUCAAAGUCCUAAUCAGGGUGACAAGAAAUAAAUCUAUGAAUGCGGCAUGUAACAUUUACUGGGUUGGGGUUAAAGGUAGGGUUAAGGGACAGUUUUGUAAAGCAUUUUAUUAACUAAAAGAAGCACUGUUGUAUAUAAUAUGUAGCUCUCGAUACAAUCACUAUGACUUAUAGAGGCUUAGUCUAAACUGCCACAACAGUUAGUCAAAAGACACGAGACCUUGUAUGGGAUGGAUUCCCCGUCGGCGCCCCUUAGAGACCCUUGUUCAUGAACCUGAGAAAUCGACCUGCCAACGGACUGAGACCUCAAUCCUAACAUCAUUUAAACACAGUGGGAUGGUGGUAUAUCAUGUGGCAGCCCCCUUGUAAUGUGGUAGAUAAUGUAGCUUUUGCAGUAUAUAUGUAUAGAGCAAAAUGUUUAAUUUUCAUUUCAUUUCGGAUUCAAGAAAUAGCUUCAAUGGUGAGGGUCUUAACCUUAAACUGUAAAUGUACUUCAUCAUUCAACUGCUCAGAUGGCAAGAUGACGCUUAGAACAACCAAAUUUCUUCAGAUUUAAAGAUUAGUUUGUAGAACACAAAGGAAUUCUAUUGUAAUUAUCUUUCUUCUCUUCAUUUAUCAGCUGUUUCGGUUUUCAGUGUUUGAUUUGAAUCUUACAAAGUGCUUUAAUUGAUUAGCUUUAUUUUGUAUUAUAAGAACGCAUGUUCGACAUUUUGCAACAAAAAUAAAAACAACUGAAGUUGAAUUUUUUCAUUCAUUGAUUUUUGUGAGCGAUGCCAUAUUUUAUUAUUGUGGGCUGCUGCGCUGAAGCAGUUAAUUUGUUUGUGAACUGUAUAAAAUAAAGAAUCUUUGUUCAAGGAAUAAAAUUAUUUGCUUCAUUUCA